UACAAUUCAAUUCUCGUGCGCACUUAGUUGAAAAAACGCUUAAAAUGGAAGACAAAAAAAGCGAAAACGAAGCCAUCGCCACCGUUUAUGCAACAGAGACUAAUGAACGUGAAACCAUGGAUGAUUUACCAUCACCAUGUAUUGACAACAGCGAGGAGAUGAUCCCAGUCAACACGGAAAAAGGAAACAUCAUCAGCAUUGAGCUGUUGUCAGAUGACGCCCUCCAAAAACUUUUAAUGGAUCUUGAACCCAACGCCAACGCUAUCGCCAACUCCAACAUCAACGCAUCCCAAGAAGUUGAUGAACUUUCGGCGCUUCUAAAAAGCUGGGAUCAGGAGGAACUCAUUCAACAUUUCAAAGAUGAAGAAGUAGACAUAAAUGUGCUGAAGAAAAUUGAAUGUCACCACCUACUCCAAAUUUUAAAGCCGUUUAAGUAUACUACUCUCAUCAAGUUUGAGAAUCAUUUGAGAAUGUGGCGAGAAUCUAUAGGAAAGACGCUUUUUCUAUAUACUCGAUCGCAUUUUGGUUUAGAUGACGAUUGUCAAAGUUCAUCCGCAAGAUCUUCUCCCUACCCAGUUUCCAGACCAGCAUCGCUACCUUCAUCACCGAGUCCUCAUACUUGCUCUGUAGCACUAUCAACUAUUUUAAAUAAUUAUUUAUAA